GUCAUUGUUCCAGCUGUAUUUUUUUUUCAGAAGAAACGGAAUUAUUUUUACAGAAAGCGUUGGCUAUCUGAUUUAAUCGAUGGGCAAGAAGGUUAAAAAUGCUCCAAUAGCGGAUGAUAAUGAUUGUUUGACCGAUUCUAAUGCGCUAGUUAUUGAAAGACAAUCUAAGAAAAAGCCUAAAAACUACGUAAAAAAAGCCCCUGUCCAAGCGAAACUUAGUAAAAGGAAGCGUAAAAAGCUUGAGCUUGUGAUUUCACGGCGAGAAAAGAAAGCAAACCGAGCAUCUGUGCUCUCAAAACUUGACGAUUUACCGCAAGUGGAGAUUCAGAAUCUUGACAGUGUUAUUUCAUUAGGACAACGAACGCAUGGAAAGAAGCGAAAAGCCAAGGAAUCGGAGCCUACAAAUGCACAAGACAGCGAUAUUGAAAUUUCUGAUGCAGAAUUAUCGGAACAAGAAGAAGUUGCUGCUUCAGUGGACAUACCUAUGUCGGAAAAGUGGGACGAUUUGAAUAAAGAAAUAGAGCGCUUAGAAGCAACUGAGAAUGAAAUUGAAGAGUCGAAUAAAGUGGUUCAUAACCAAGAUGAAGACGAACCUUUACCUUUUCCAACUGGCGAAGACACGAUCACUGGAUUAAGAAGAGUGAAUGUCGACCGCACAGAUGAAGUAGUUGCUUCUCGAAAUAACCUGCCCAUAACCAGUGAGGAGCAUACAGUUUUAGAGGCAGUGGCCACAAAUACAGUGUGUAUAAUUUGUGGUGCUACUGGAAGUGGAAAAACUACGCAAGUGCCUCAGUUUCUGUAUGAAGCGGGGUACUGUUCAAAUGGGUUAAUAGGUGUGACGGAACCUCGCCGUGUGGCUGCAAUUUCAAUGAGUCAUCGAGUUGCAAAAGAACUGAACCUUUCUAACUCAAUCGUCUCUUACAAAAUACGAUAUGAAUCAAACUGCACUAAAGAUACGAAGAUCAAAUUCAUGACUGAUGGAGUUUUGUUACGCGAAGUGCAGGAUGAUUUCCUGCUUGAAAAAUAUUCAGUGCUGAUUUUGGACGAAGCACAUGAAAGAAGUGAGUUUACAGAUAUUUUAAUUGGGUUGUUGUCUAGAAUUGCGCCACUGAGGAAGAAACGAAACUUGAAGCCGCUCAAAAUUGUAAUCAUGUCUGCGACGCUGAGAGUGGAAGACUUCACGAAGAAUAAGUUGCUUUUUAAAAGUCCGCCUCCAGUUGUGAAUAUCGAAGCGAGACAGUUUCCGGUGACUGCUCAUUUUCAGAAAAGAACUCCAGCUGAGAAUGAGUACUUGAAAGAGGCGUAUAAGAGGGUGUGUAAGUUGCACCGGAUUUUACCUGGGGGAGGGAUUCUGGUGUUUGUGACUGGAAAGAACGAAAUUGCAUUGUUGACUAAAUGGCUCGAAGCCACGUUUCCACGAAGAGUCAAAGAGGAGAAGGACGAAUCAAGAGAGGAAAAAAUUGCGAAUGUUUCUGAUGAUAAGAAAACACUAAAUGAAUCCAAAUCAGGCGAUGAAUCAUUGAAAGCUAAGAAGAAAAAGAAAAAAUCUGCCAAAAGGUUGAAACUUUCGAACUUCAGCGAAGAAGCCGAGAGAAAAGAAAGCGAAAAACGAGAUGAAGAACAUGAAAAUAGAGAAGUAGGCUCUGCGGAAGUUCCAAAUGAUCAAUUAGCCUACAAAGACAUUAAUCAGGCGAAAGCGGAUGAACAGUGUCCCCUGUAUGUUUUACCAUUGCACUCUUUUUUGCCGACUGAAGAACAGAAACUAGUGUUUGAGCCACCUCCAGAGGGAUCACGACUGUGUGUGGUUUCAACGAACGUGGCGGAGACGUCGCUGACGAUCCCAAAUGUGAAAUAUGUAGUUGACACUGGUAAGGAGAAGAAGAAGGUCUAUGACACCAGAACAGGAGUGUCUGCCUUCGUAGUGGACUGGAUAUCCAAGGCAUCUGCAGACCAGAGGGCUGGAAGGGCCGGCAGAACUGGACCAGGCCACUGCUACAGGUUGUUUUCUUCUGCGGUGUUCACAGAGUUUGCAUCCUUCUCUCAGCCGGAAAUUCUGAGUCGCCCGAUUGACGAUCUGGUGCUGCUCUUGAAGAGUCUGGGUCUGACUAAAGUGGCCAAUUUCCCCUUUCCAAAUGCACCCUCGAGACAUGCCAUUGUGGGGGCAGAGUUGCAUUUGAAUCAUCUUGGCGCUUUGAAUAAGUCGAAAACAAAGAAAGGAGAGUUAUCUUACGCAAUUAACGAUCUCGGCAGAACAAUGACGAAUUUCGGCAUAUCACCCAGAUUUGCAAAGAUGUUGGCAUUAUCAAACCAACACGUGACUAGUAAAAACUCAUCAUCUAAAAAUAUGUUGCCGUAUGUGGUAGCAUUAGUUUCUGCUUUCACUGUACGCGAGAUGUUUGUGAAUCCGUCUAAUUUGGGAAAUCAGAAAGAGGUGGCUGAGAAAUUGGAUGGAGCGAGUCGGAAGGCAAGGAACAGAUUGAUCCGAGAGACCAUGAAAAAGUGGCAGGGGUCUCCCAAUAUGCGUGGAUUAGGUGAUAUAAUUGUUUUGUUGAAUGCGAUAAUUGAGUUUGAAAAGGUGUGUGGAAGCCCGAUGUGGUGUAGGAAACACGGUCUGCGUCUCAAAGCGAUGCUGGAAAUCAGAUCCCUCCGAGCACAGCUCACAGACAACGUGAACGAAUUUCUCCCUCAAGACUCAAAGUUAAGUUUACAGAUGAAGUUAGACGAAUUGACAUCUAAAGAGGAGGCGGACACCUUGCGCCAGAUUGUGUUGUCGGGCUUAGGUGAUAAAAUUGCGAGAAGAGUUGUCUCAGACGAACAUGAUUCAAAAGAGCAUAAAUUGAAACAACUUCUGGGUGCGAAAAAGGGCAAAAAUGAUGAAGACGGUGUUAAGGAGAAAGUCGGAAAAAAUGCUUACCAGGCAGUUAACUUGGAAGGAUUUGUCUAUAUACAUCCGCAUUCUGUCCUAGCCAUGGAACUUCCAGAAUACAUCGCCUUUCAAGAGAUCCACGAGACCUCCAAAAUGUACGCCAAAGACUGCAUAGCUAUUGAAGACACCUGGCUACCGUAUCUGUUUCCGUCUAUGAUUAAUUUAUCCGAACCUCUCGAACACCCGAAGCCAUUUUACGACACAGACACGGAUACAAUCAAGUGUGAAAUGACAUGCACGUAUGCUAACAACGCUUGGCCAAUCAGAGCUCAGAUAUACAAUCAUCCAAUCAACUUGAAGUAUUACAAACUGUUCGCUGAAUGUCUGCUAAACGGAGAGGUUUUUUCAUUUUUCGACGAGUACAAGUCAAAGUUAGAAUCAAGCCCGAAAGUUUUAAUUAAAUCAUGGGGGCAUAUGCAACCCAAGGUCGAUGCUUUUGUGAACGCAUUGGUCAACAAACAGAGCUGCUCAAAGGCGAGGUUGAAAGAAGUGUGGGAAGUCGAUUCGAACUUUCUUUUGAAGGAGUUUUUGCAGUGGCUGCCAGUUGAUUGUACGUUUUCAGUGCAGGCCAAAUGGCCCCCAAAUUACUGAUGAUUGAUAUUUGUCAGAUUGAGUUGAUGUAAGUCAAAUCAAUAUAAAUGCAAUAAAACUCA